AAACGUACAAAUCAAGCCAAUAAUAAUCGUUGUAAGGACCAACGACCCAUAGAAGAAUCCUUAGUGAAGAGUGAGAGUGACACUUAUGACUUGUCAAGAACUAUUUACACACCACAUAUGGCUGGCAGGCCAGUAGCAAACAAGUCGCAUACAUAACUUGUAUAUAGAAAGCACUGGCUGGUUGCUGACUGAAUGACUGGACGACAGACAGGAAAAUAAAGCUGAUUUUUUCCUCCAACGUAUAGUAUAUGAUCCAGAAAUUCAUAUCUUCAGUGUCCAACAAAUGCCAAAUACAUAUAUAUCAGUGGAUCUUGAAACGGUGUAUAAACAUAGUGUUGAAAAAAAGUUUUAUUCAAAAGGACCACUAACUUCCUGAAACAUUCGAGCAGAACAAACGAACGAACAAACGAAUAAAGAAGGGAAAAACAAUAACAAAAAUCAGGUCACGGUACAAAUUCAAUGUCACACGUCAUGUCAGGAAAAAUUCUUCAACAGUUUUACUACUGUCACAAGAUGUAAUUUUAUUUUGCACAAAAAAAGUAAAAGUGUGGUUAAGUGUUUAGUGUGGUGUAAAGUGCGACAGUGGAGAUACAUUUGUGUUAGAACGCGCGUGUGCGACACUCACUAACUAACCGGAAACACAGAACAUACAAAAAUCGAAGAAGAAGGUUUUAGCAUAUGCUUUAAUGCCGAUCAACAUUUACUGCUGAAAUACCAAGGAUUGUGAAACUCUCUCUGCUGCUGUUGAACGGAAUCCAUUAUCUGACUAAGGAGACAAUCGUAACUGUUACGGAAAUACUAGGUGUUUUAUUUUAAACGAAGGCGAAAACAACAAAAUAAAAAACAUGUCAGAUAUUGGAAGCGGCGAUGGUGAUCUUGGGGGACCAAAAUACAAUGCCGCAGGUAGCAGCAUGGAGGGAGCUGGAAGAUGUGAUUUUGAUCCGUCGGUAAAAACUCCUCAGGGUCAAACCGAACAGGAGUUGGCCACUAAGAUGUUGCAAAUACAAUCGAAACGUUUCUAUUUAGACGUGAAACAAAAUCGUCGUGGACGUUUCAUUAAAGUGGCUGAGAUUGGAGCUGACGGUAGACGUAGUCAAGUCUAUUUAGCUUUAUCUACAGCCGCCGAAUUUCGUGAUCAUCUAUCGACAUUUAGCGACUAUUAUGCUUCUUUGGGACCACCGAAUCCCGAUAAUUUACCCGAAGAUGGUAAACUUAAAUCGGAAAUGAUGACCAAGGAUAAUAGACGUUAUUAUUUGGAUUUAAAAGAGAACGCCAGAGGACGUUUUCUAAGGGUUUCUCAAACAAUUACACGGGGUGGUCCCCGUUCUCAAAUUGCUAUACCAGCCCAGGGUAUGAUCGAAUUUCGCGAUGCUCUCACCGAUCUUUUGGAAGAAUUUGGUACCAAUGAUGGCGGAUUUAAGGGAGAUCUGCCUGAAGAACGUCACAUGAAAGUAGAUAAUAAGAAUUUCUACUUUGAUAUUGGUCAGAAUAACAGAGGCGUUUACAUGCGUAUAAGUGAGGUGAAAUCAAAUUUCCGUACAGCUAUAACUGUACCCGAAAAGUGCUGGACACGUUUUCGUGAUAUAUUCAAUGAUUAUUGUGAAAAAAUGAAAAAAUCGUCCGAAUCGCCAUCGUCAAUCACUGCCGAUAAUAACACCAUACAACAGCAACAACAGCAGCAGCAGCAGCCACAAGCCAAAUAAAUGUGCAAUGGUGGCGCAUUAAAUUAAACACAGCAAAAUAACAAAAUGCAUAAAAACAAAUAAUUGGAAGACCGGAUUAGUGACAAUUUAGAGCAAAGAAGAAACAAAACAAAAAAUAAAGGAAAAGGAUUGAAACGUAAUCAGAAGUAGUAGUGGGAAACAAUUGACAAUGUCAUUAUUACUGUUAUAAUCUAUUACAUUAGACACACUAUACACACCCACAACCACACACACACACACACACCAACAUUCAAUGCAAAACGACACACACAUACACAAGUUAACCAAAAAAUAAAUAAUAAUGAAAUCUUGUGUUAUAACUACAGAUGGAUCCAUGAAACAGUAACAGCUUCAUUUGUUAAUAAUUAUUAACAAUUGACUAUUUUUAAUAAUAAUUAUAUAGAAACAGAAAACCGAUAAAUGAUUUUAACCACUCUGUUAACAAUUAUCUUUUUAAUUUUACCACAUAUUAUAUGAAAAAAAAUAUGAAUCUAAAUAAUAAUGAUGAUAAAGAUGUUAAAUAACAUGAUGUACUACUGUUAAGCUUAACACUUCGAUAGAUAUGUGUCGUGCGUGAAUUUAGGAAUACAUCGUAAAAUGCAACCUGUAAUUAAACAAAGAAAAACAAAAAGAAACAAAAAACAAACAAACAAAAAAACCUAAUGUUCAAAUCUUAAAACGAGGCGAAACGAUGAGUAAAAAAAUACUAAAAAAACAACAAAAAGAAAUAAAGCUGAUUGGCUAUAGAUAAAUUACCUUUAGGAAUCAGACCAUUUUUAGACCGACAAACACCCCCCUCCCACUUAUAACAAAUAGGAAUACAAACACCACAUACAUACAUACUAUAAAAGAAAUAAAAAUAGCAAACCAAAUUUCACUUACCCACCUUGUAUCAAAUAUGUGUUAUUGCUCGCUAUCCUUUCAAGGCCAGCAGUACACAUUUGAGAGAAAACGAACGAAAGCAAACAAAAAAACAAUAAACAGACAUAGUUACUGCAAUUUAAACACAAAUACACACAAACACACACAUAUACACACAAUCAUGGUGAAAGUGCAUUUUAGAAAUGGGAUUUGCUGCAAAUGUCAUGGACGGUCAAACAUAAGGUUCAAGGCUUAAUGCUGAUGAUAAUGAUGAGAUCGUAAUAAGUAUAUAAAAAUAUAUAUUUUUUUCAUUUGAAAUUUUAUUUUUAUUUAGGACUCAAAAUUUUUAUUUUAAUAUUUCAUUGGAAAAAUUGUAUUCACCAGAUUUUUAAUCCCUUAUCUAAAAUGCAGUUUAGCUCUCACACCACACUUGAUAGACAUUGAAAUGCGAUUUUGAAAUAAUAUGUUGAAUACAUACGUUCCUUUGCAAACAGGAAAUAUAACUAAAUUAAAUAUCAUAAAAUGAUAAUAAAACAGGGGAUUUUUUGUUUUGUUACAUCCCUCAAUUCUCAAUUCUUGUUAAAUAAAUUAAAACAAACACACCAAUCUUUCCACUAUUAUUUUAUCUUUUAUGAUUUUUACUGUUAGAAUUGUUUUAUUUACACCACACACAUUUUAAUCAUCUUUGAUUAUGCCAAACCAGGGAUAGGAUUGCUUUGAGCGACAGUCCCCAAUAUAUUGCUUUCUGGUUUCGCCGAAAUCGAAGCUGAUCGAAAAUGUUUGUUAAAUAUAUAUUAUGUUUUGGAAUUUCUCUAUUUUCUUAGAAAACUAUUUAUUUAAAAUAAAAAAAAAUCUUACGUUUUUUUUUCUCUACUUAGUUUUAUAUACAUACAUAUUAUAACUGUAACAUAUUGUGUAAUUGUUUUUUCGUGUUUAUUUUUUUAUUAAUUAAUAAUUAUCUUAUUUAUAUAUACAUACAAAAUACAUACAUGAACACUUGUUUCAGUCUGCUGUGAUGGAUGAAUGCUUUCAUUUGCAAAACAAAACAAAAAAAAAUUAAGAAAAAUUCAAGUUAUUUAAAAAAAUGUGAUUAUGUGGAAAUCUAUAAUAUAAAUGAAAAUGUUAUUAUAUAAUAAUAAUAAACAAAUUAGUUUUAUCUUAAAUCAAUUGCAAAUGCAAAAUCAAAAUGAAUGUUUGUUUUUAUUUUAUUACGUAUAUUUUUUUUCUUUAUAAACUAAGGCAAUGAGAUAUAAUUUUUUUAUAUUUGCAAGGAGGACAAAAUUGGGUUAUAAUUUAUGUUAAUUUUUUUCAGCUACUUCACUCGGAAACAGACUUUUCAUUGUGCAGUAAGAAAACGUAAAAAAAAUAAGUGAAGGGCGGAAUAGUUUAAAAAAACGCUGAAUGCGAGUAAUAUUAGAAAUAAGAACAUGAAAUUAACCCAUUCCAAUACUACUUGACCGAGGUUAGAAGUUCCAUAGAGAAGAGAUUGAAACUUGCAAUCCCUUUCCCUCCCAAAAGUCAACGAACAAUGCUCUGUUGUUCUAUUCCUUUGUCAUCUUCAAAGGGUCUUCAAUACUCAAUAUUACUCCCCUUCUCAUUCAGUUACUUCAACAACAUUUUAUGUUGCAUGCCUUUUAUUUCUUAUUGGUUGGACCGAUUUCGGAUUUAAGGUAAAAGAUCUGUGCGCCUUAAGUGUCAUGAAUUACUACUAUGCUAGGCAAACACAGGGACGCGUGCCUUCAAUGAGCGCAAUUUCCUCCACACUUUCAAUCUGAAGCAAAGAAAAGCCAUUUAAUUGGAAAAUUAGAAGAACAUAAAAGUGUAUCUCUCCGCCUGGCCCAAUUAUAAGGUUUUUCUGCAAGAGAAUUUGUCUUAAAAAAGCUGUUAUUUUAUCAGAUAAAAUGCCAAUUUGCAUGCUCUAGGGGAAAAUAAAAAUGUUCGCCUUGACCAUUGCCCAAUGAUGUUUUGACGUUUGUUUUGGAUGUAUAUAUUUGUUUAAUUUUAUUUGAUAGAUUGUUUGGUAAUAAGCUGCGCUUCAACCUUAUACGAACUUAUACUUGGAUCAUGACCAGACCUUUAACUUGAGGGUCCUCUGUGAGUUCAUAUGUUCGCUCAUUCGGUUCUACUUAUUCUACGUCAUGAUUAAACCAUCAUUAAAUAGACAUAAACGGAUAACUUUCAACAAAUGAUUCUAUAAAUUAAUUUUUGAUCUAGUUUACUAGCCCUUUUCAUUUUGUGGCGGGAAAAUGGGUUUGUUUUGACAAAUUGCCUUCGGGUUUUUACAGCGAUGUUGUCUGUUUACUUUUUAGAGUUUUCUUACAAAAGAGAAUACGACUACCUUACUCUCUGAGAAGGAAAUCACUUUACAAUUCAUGCAGGAAAACUAAUCAGACAUAUCUCCUAUUCUGGCAUGUCAUGUUAUUUUUUCUGUAGGCGCAGACCAUUUAUAUAAUUAAUUUCGUGAUUUUUCAAUUAAAUGAGAUAUAUGUAUUUAAUGUCCUCAAAUCAUUGCUUGUUUAACAAACUUUAUUACAUGACAACAUAUUAAAACAUUUUUCUAAACAUUAAAUAUUUAAAUUUAAUAAUAAAAAUUACAUUUUAUUUUUAUAUUAGCUUAUUCUAAAUACAAUUAUUUAUAGGAAAUAAAAAUUAUUUAGUAACUCAAAAUAUAAAUCUAAAAAUACUUUAGUAGUAAUGACAACAAUGCCUACAAACAAACACUUCAAUUAUAAACAAAAAACAACAACAAAACGUAAAACAAGGUUUCUGGUUUAUUUUAUCGUCUUUCUUUCGAAAACUUCAUUCUAUUAUUGUUUUUGGCGGGGAAGUCCAAGGCACGAUUAUUACCAAUACAAUGAUGGUUAAAAUCUACAGCAAGGUGACAUCCAAAAACCUGCAUUGGACUUCUACUUUAUUUUCACAAAAAAAUUAAAGCUUUAAUCUUAAAUACGGUCCAUAAUAAAAACAAAACAAAGAAAAUACAGAAAACAAGGUCUAAGCAUGGAUGUAAUUCUUGAUAACUAAGUAAUUUGUCUUAAGAGAGGAUUGAGAGUUCGAGUAGAUGUAUAUAUGAUUAUAACAGUUAAUUUAAUAAAACAAACAAAACAAAACAAAAACUAUCAAAAUUACCUAGUUGUGUUAACAAAGAACAAACAAAAAAGAAAGAAAAGAACAAAACAACAGCAACAACAAAUGAAAAUCUAAACAAAUGAUAAUGCAAAUAACAAAUCCUUAUAAGUGUUAGACAAUUAAAAGUAAUGUGAAUGAAAGUAAAACAAAACAAACAAACAAAAGAAAACAAAACAUACAAAGAGAAAACAAAAAUCAUAAGAAAUCGACCUGAAAAUAAUUAUAUUAUUAUACUCUCCAUCAAAGGAGAGCGAACGAUAGCGAAUAGAAAGAGGAAAUAUGCUUCUAUUUGUUUAACAAAUAAAAAAAUAGGAUAAAGGACAAUGUCUGGAUGGAAAAAUUGAACAUACACACUAAAAUGCAAGUAUGCAUCAGCAAGCUUAAAAGCCGGAAAUGUCUGUUGUCAGUCUGUGUGUGUGUGUAUUGGAGUAUCCAUAAUAUCUCCGGAAAAAUGUUUUGAACGCUGUAUGUGUAUGACAGACACCACAUAACAAAGCCUAGCUUUGUAAGUUAACAAAAUAUAACAAUAAUAACAAAUUUCAUUUUAAGAUUGGGAUUUUUUCCGACCCAAGGCUUAAUUUCUAGUUAGAUAAAUUGUAAAUAAGAUUAUAUACUGAACUUGAUUAUACACAAUUGACAUUUUAAAAUAUAUGAAUAGCAGAUCGUUUGCAAUUUUUCCACAUGGAUAUAGAAAACCCAUGGCUGAAGAAGAAUACUAGUUUCAGUUACGAAAUAAACAAGUACAUCCAUGGCCAAUUUAUAAGGUACCCCUUCGAAGCUAGCUGACUACCACAUUUAAUGACAAAGUGUACUAUUGUGAUUGAAGUGGCAGAACAAAAGAUAAAGAAAUAGCCAACAAAAUGUAAAACAGAUUUUGAUAUUAAAUCAACCGUAAAUCGUGAUUACAACCGAUUUUUUAUCGUACAGGGCCUUUAAAUUAAAAAAAAAACUUAUCUAAAAUAUUUGUGUCUGGCGAGUAGCAUAUUUUUUUUAAAUAGAUGUGUGCGAUUAUUUUGAGCAAAGUGUUAUUCGAUGACCCAAAAGUCCAACAAAGAGAGAAUGAAGAGAGCAAUUUUCAUAGUUGAGUCACUUGCAAAAUCUGACAGGAAAAUAUUCUUAGUGAGAACCAUGGUAGAAAAAUACAUGUAGAUGCAUCAACGCUUGGCAACAUUGAUAUGCCAACAAUUUUAAAACGUUUUGACAAAAAUAAGUAGAUUUUUGUAUGUUUUCUUAUAGGACAUAAAUCUUAUAGUACGUUUAUAUAUAUGAGGGUUAACCCACUGGAUUUGGAUAUAAAUUGUCAUAUCCAUUACUUUUACUUCAAAUAAAUCCCCUCAAAAUAGGUUAACCGUACAAAAACUUCUAACGUAAACAUGGCAUUAGAUUGUUAUGAUAUGAAUUUUUCAAAAAUUUUUACAAAUAUCCAUAAUUUUUCAUUAAAAAUGUUCAAUUCUAAAAUUGCUUUGUAAAUUCAUUGUCCCAGCAGCGGUGUCGAUGCGAUUACCUGUAUUCUUCUAUCAUGGCAAGGGUGUUAAGUUGCAAGUACAUAAGAAGCUUGAAGUCAUGGCUAUGCAUAUUUUGUAACAUUUCAUAAAGGGAGUACAGAGCCGCACUAAAAUCCUGCCGUCAUUAUCCAUUAUAACUUGACUAUAAUAUGCCCAGCCUUGACUUCAAGCCUUUUAUGUACUUGCACCCUAAGUACACAAGAAGCUUGAAGUCAUGGCUAGGCAUAUUUUGGGGUAUUUCAUAAAGGGAUUACAUAGCCGCACUAAAAUUCUGCAGUCGUUUUCCUUAAAAUUUGACAUUAAUAUGCCUAGCCAUGACUUCAAGCUUUUUACGUACUUGCACCUUUAGAACUAUUGGUAACAUUAGGUUCGUUCGUUUACUUUCCCAGUAACAUUAAAAAUGGCCAAUAUCGGUCCAAACGACCUGAAUUUUAGCACAUCCGACCGAAUUCAGUCCAGAAGUAAGUACAUCAAAUUUGAAUAUCGAUUCAGAUAUAGCUAUAGCUCCCAUAUAUAUGUUUCAUCCGUACUUCACAAGAAUGAUGUUUGCUACCAGAUUUCAGAUGUAGCCCACAAAUACCUCUGUCAAAUUUUAUCAAGAUCGGAUUAGAUUUGGGUAUAGCUCCCAUACAUAUCUUUAUCCAAUAUAUGUUUUAUUAUGAACCAAAUGGCUAAUAUCAGUCCAAAUGAACUAAAUCUUGUCAACAACAAUGAUCUUUGGUACCAAACAUUAGAUAAAGCUCAGAAAGAAGUGCCUAACCUUUUAUCAAGAUCGGUUUAGAUUUGGAUAUAGCUCCCAUAUAUAUUUUUAUCCGAUUUCAGGUUUUUUCUGCACAAAAAGGCUAAUGGCAGUCUAAAUGACUUCAAAUUUGGUAAAAAUUGGUUCGGAUAUAGAUAUAGCUCCCAUAUAUAUUUUUCAUCCGAUUUCGUGUCCCUCACAUGCGUAAUAUGCAUUCCACAACAAUGAUAUUUGUUACCGGGCAUCAGAUACUGCUCGAAAAUACGGGAGCUCUACUAAAUACGCAUAGUGGCGUAGGGUAUUAUAUAGUCGGCCCCGCCCGACUUUUGACCUUUCCGUACUGGUUUUAGCUGCAUUUGACAUAAUUUCGCUCUCACUUACUGAACUUUUCGGUAUACGAACAGCUUCCAGUAAAAAUUUUUACAAACUAUCGAGUAAACGAACACACCUAAUAUGUCUGCUUGCUUUUUGCAAAUUUUACUCGUGAGAGAGAACUGUUAGUUAAUUGAAAAUGGACACCUCACAAUUAAUGAACGUUUUUUCAAUGGCAUAGCAUGACUGCAAUAUAAUAUAAAAUAUUAAAAAAUAAGUCAACAGUCGCGUUUGUGGAAGUCGCUACAGCUCUCCAAGCUUUUUCCUUAGCAAUCUUGUUGCGAUAUGUUUUUUUUUUGUCAAAAAGGCAAGAGUGAAUUCUAGUAAGAUAAGAGAGAGAGAGGGAGAAGAUAUUCGCUCUGAGAGAACUGUUUUGCCCAGAAAUAACGGGAACUAGUAAAUAUGUCUAGACUUGAUGGAAAUCCAUCAAAAUCAACAUUUCAGUAAAAAAGUGGUUAACGAGAACACCAUAUUUGAGCGUGUUCCCUUCGUUUUGCUUGUAAAUUUGACUAGAUUUUCAAAUGGGUUGAGUAAAAAAAAUUAAAACUAGUACAAUAUGCAAUUAUGAUUUCGAAUAUUUUAAAAUGUUUAAUUGUGUUAAUUGAAGGAAAGUACCCCAAUUUUAGCAAUAAAAAAUCAUAAUUCAAAAUAAGGGGACUAUGGGGAAAACUCAGCAAUAAUUUGGCCGAAUAGAAAAUUACCCAAACAGAAUGAACUAUUGACGGCUUAGCUUUGCAAUCCAGGGGCUUAAUUACGGUUCUAAAAAAUGUGAUAUGAGAACAAAUUUUACCAAAAAUAAAUAAAUAAAACAUUUCUCAUUACAAAUUUUUAUAGAAAAAGAAUCCUGGGGUCAGGCAAGGGAGCACAAAAAGCAAACGUAAAACUCAUGCAGCAAAAGAUCAUUCUGUUUCGGUCUAAUUGGCUUUUGAUUAAUCGAUUCGGAAAACAAAUUUGGUCGUUAAUGGCAUUUGAAUUGAUUAGCCGAAAUAAUAUUUUAAUUUCGUCUCCACUACAUGGUGUGAUAUUUUUUGUUUCUUGGGAAAUAUUAAAGCCGCUGUGAAUUAAGCCCGCCCAUUUCCUUCUUGUACAUAAAGGUAUGAAGACAUUUUUAAAAUGUCCUCGUUACAAACUAGAAAGAUAUUCAAAAUAAUAUGUUGGAGGGUAUAAAUAAUUCGGCUUAGUCGAAUAUGCAUAGCACUCUUAAUUGUUUUUAGUAAAAAUUACUAAUAAAAUAAAUUUAGAAUCUAAUGAUAUAUAAAUAUAUAUUUAAUUAUAGAAGAAACAAAAUAAAAACAACAAGAAGAGCAACAAAAUGUCCUAAAGUAACUGAAAAGAAAAAAAGAUAAAACAAAUUCACAUACAAAACAAAAGACAAAAGAAAGAAACAUGUAAAAGUCCUUCUAAUCUGUGUUUGUAUUCUAUGUUAAAUAAAUUGUAAUGAUGAUUAUGAAGAAAAUAAAUAGAAAAAAACAUAGCUGAAAUGUAAAAAACAAAACAAAACAAGAUGUAAGAAAUCCCCAAAAUAGGUAAACAACACGGUCCAUUGAGGUACAUGUAUUGGGUGUUUGUCAAACUCCUAGCCGCGUUGUUUUGGUAGGUUCGAAAAAGAAACAUAGAGCAAACGAACAAUAUUGAGAAGAUUAAACAGAGACAUUCGGAACAGAAGUGAAAUGAAGCCAAGUUGCAGGUGGAUUUUCUAUAUUUUAUCUUUUGUAAAAAAUAAAAAAUGUUUUUAUAUGGAUUAUAUUCAUGGAUGGCGCCCAAAUGCAUUUUAAAACGUUGGCCGUUUGGGAUAUCCGUCACCUGUUUUUGAAAAAUAUGCUCACUUCUUAAAGUUUGUCUAGAAUAUGAAUAGAAUAGCUAAAAACACUUUUAAAAGUAAUUAAUACGGUUCCUUAGGUGAUCCUCCUGGUCUACUGAGAAUGAAGUCGAGGGGGUUUAACAUGAUUCUCGCCUAAAUGGCUCUAAACAUGAUACACUAUUGCACCGGGGUUGCGAUACAAGCAGCCCUUAAAAAUUAACCAGUGUUCUCUUAGAUAGUGGAAACCCACACACAGCGUUCUAGUUCUAUUUCGCAGGUACUUAUUACAAGAUCAGCUACAUGGAUUUCAUUUCCCUCUUGGUUAGGGGUUGAGAACUAUCUUACACAUCUGCCGCACGUGGCUGAGAAUGCAACUCUACAUUAAGCCGAAACUCUUCCCGCGAUUUGGAUAUAAACCACAACCUCCACGUUGAAUCCAAAACAUAAGACUCUCCGUAGUCAGGCUAGAUCAGCAUAUCUAGGGGUUUUAGACUUCGCGGUGUCAGAAAAGUGUGUGGUCGAAACUACUACCAGUUAUUGUUUCAUACAACCCGGGACUACACGGGCACGAUCCGUAGUGGCAUUCUCUAACCCGUUUUCGAGUUACCGACAAAAAUUGUUAACUUUGAAACUCAAAAUUUUGAUAUAAAAAAAGAAGUUAAACAUUGGUAUCUAUCGGUACUUUUUAGAGACUACUUUCAUUUCGUCGCUAUCUUCAAAUUUCGUUAAUUACCGAAAUAAUAAACAUUUUAAUUUUACCGAAUUUUGUUGGUAACUAAAUAAAAUGGGUUAGAGAAUUACACUACAGGGAAUAGGAUGAAUGAAACACAAAAGUGUCACACUGAUAGAUAUGUGUAAUCACUACGUUUACAUGGACGUAGCAAGAUCACUGCGAAGAGCGAUGCCUUUUCACUUCUUCCUCUCCGCAAAACCUAUUUGGUUUGAAAGUGCACCCGAUAAAGAUCGUGAAGAUCUGUUACUAUGAGACUGAGGUUUGCAAUUUCCUGGAAUUCCUCACGACCUGCGUACCAGAAAAGACCUUCUGUGGCAAACAUACGCGCCUAGGAGUGUACAACCCCACAAAACAACAUAAAAAAGGCGCGUAUGUUUGGCUAACUGUAAACUGUCUACGACUGUAAAGCCCAACAUAAAAAUAUGACGACCUGCAUUAAACUAGCGAUCUUCAACAAGUUGACGCCAUACCUGCAAAUUUCCCAAGAUUAGCACGAUGAGAGCUAGUGGAUAGUGCACGACAUACAUCCCAUUGGACAUUCGAGAAUACAUGAACACAACACAUGCAGCCAAUCCUCGACUGGAGCGCCACACCUAGGGUUCUCCUAUGUAAAAAUGCAUUGAGAGGCCCAUGCCUGGUCAACAAAUAUCCCAUAUGAAGGCCAAAUCCAAAAUAGGGGUUAGUCGUGAAAGUUCACGUGCAUUUUCGCUCUCGUUUCAUCUAGAUUGCCAUCUACAGUGUUCGAAUUCACGCAGCUGCGCCUUGCUAUCAAUGGCACUGUCCAGAAUUUCUAUCGCCCAAUCUGUAGUGAUGAUCCCAAUCAGACCUCAGUAUUCGACGGACAUCCCAACUAUACUGCACAUCUUCUCUUUGACCAAAUGACGAAAUACAUUACUUCUGUUUGGGAGAGUGGAGGGUGCAUUGAACUAGUACAAUCCCUCCUAUUUCGAAUUUUCAUAAGAAUAAGGUAUUUGUUUCGGAAAAGAUGCUCUUGAAGACGAUGCUCUCUCAAUCAGACAUCCAUAAGAUACGUCUAUUUUGUGCUGUAAGCUCAUAGUUAAUGUAGAUGUAGCUAUUUGUAUGAGAAUUAACUAUCCCAUGGACUUGGUGUCUAGUCAGGUUUUCGGAAAAGAUGAUCUUGAAGGCAAUGCUCCCUCAGUCAGACAUCCAUAAGAUUCGUCUAUCUUGUGCUGUAAGCUCAUAGUUAAUGUAGAUGGAUCCAUGGUACAAUGAUAUCAAGGUAGGGCUAUGAUACCAUAUGAUUUUAAUUUUUUUAUUUUCUUGGCUUAAUAUGUCAUCUUUAUUUGUUUAUGUAGUGUUUUCUUUUCAAUAACAAAAAAAUUGUUCAGAAAAUAUUCAAAUUCGGAUGUUUUCAAAAUGUUUAUUUCAACGUAUGCAUCGACAAAAUCUAGAGUUUUUGUAGCGAAAUAAUCCUUUAGAGAUAUAUAGUACAUGAUUUUGAAAAGAAGUGCUGACCUUUCAUUCAGUUAUCGCGUUUUUCAAUUAUUUAAUUAAAAAUAAAUGCAACAAGUUGUUUGAUUUUUUAUUGUUUUGAUACUAAUUUUGACAUUACAAGCCAAACAGGUAGACCUCUAUACUUGCAAUUUUUUCAAAGUUGACCUACCUUCUCUUCAUUGUACCAUGGAUGGAUCUAUUUGUUGGACAAUUAUUGUUCCCAUCAGGUAUACACUUAUCGACUCGGUGUUUCAUAUAGUUUUUUCAUCAUCUCUUUUUUCUUAGGCACUGAAGAGAAUUCUGUAGUUUUCAUGUUCUCCGAUUUAAUUUAUGAGUUCUCAAUGUGAGAAUUGUUUACUUCGACACCCAGAGAAGCUGUAAUCUUUUUAACAACUCUCUCUCUCUCUGUCCCCAUUUCAAUAGCAUUUGCGUUGUUGAUUUCUGUGUUGCGUUUAAGCUUCUUUUUCUCCAACUUUUUAACUCUCAUUUCCAUUUCAAUUAUCUGUCAGCUCUUCUCUUUAUCUUUAUUUUGGACGUUUACGACCUGAGUAGAAAUAUCAGUUAAUUAAUAAAAUUAAUAAAAUUGAGCUCGAGGUCUUUGUUGUUUUUUUUUAUACUAUUUUUUUAUUAUUUUCGAUAUUUCGAUUUGUCAGAGAGGACAGCAACACAGGGUCGACGUCGUUACUUGGCGAAAUGUUGAAAAUUUUUGUUAUAUGUUAAAUAUUGUUCCUGAUGAUGUCUUCCUUCGGAGGACGAAAUUUCGAAAAUAAUAAAUAAAUAAUAUUUAAAAAGCAACAAAGACCUCGAGCUCAAUUUUAUUAAACUUACAUUGGAAUAAUUUAAAAUAAAGGUCGAAUAAAAUAACUAAAAAUCAGAAAAAUAUUAGUUAAUGUUUCAUUUAUUUAUUUUAGACUCUAAGUCAAGUUCUACAGUUUUUCUCUUGAUCGAUUUAAUUCGAUAUGAGUUCUCAAUGUGAGAAUCGUUUACUUUGACACCCAUAUACGUUGGAAUCUUUUAACAACCGUAUCUGCCUUCAUUUGGAUAGCAUUUGCGUUGUUGAUUUCUAUGUUGUGUUUAAUUAACUUUUGCUCCAACUUUUAACCUUCAUUUCCAUUUCAAUGUGAGAGUAAUUUACUUUGAUGCCUAUAGAAGCUGCAAUCUCUUAUAAAUCAGUCUCUGCCUCCAUUUCGACAGGAUUCGCGUUGUUUAUUUUUGUUGCAUUCAAUCAUCUUUUGCUCUCAGUUCUUCUCUUUAUCUUUACUUUGGAUGUCAAGGACAUCAGUAGAAAAAUUAGUUAAUGUUUCAUCUAUUUUGUUAUGAUGCUGUUGAAAUUGCAUUCAUGUUAAUGAUCUUUUGCUGCAUUUCUGUUUUCAGUUCGCCUAUGUCCGAUCUGAGCUCUUCGUUUUUAUUCAUACGGUUAGUUUGAGACUCAGGCAAUGCAUUAUUGUUGUUGGAGAUAAUGAAUUUUGAUCUCGUAUGUUGUCGUUGAGAUUACUACCACCAUUACCAACAUCAUCCUCUCUCGAUUUCUUCUGUUGCUGUUUAUGGACAUAUGUCUCCACCGGAAUUUGUUCUUCACUCGGAAUUUUAUGUGUCGUAAGGUGCUGCAGAUUUAUUUUGAUGCGUAUUUUGAUGAGUAUGUCCAGUGUAAAUGAAUGUUUCGUAUAUAUUGUUAGGUGAUUUUUGCUUAGCUUGCAAAUUUCACAUUUCCACUCCAAUUUUUUCAUCGUGCUCAUAGUUUUAAGUGGUCUCAGAGAGUACCGUGCAUGUUGAGAAGUAGAAUUUUUUGUCGCAGUUACGAUCUUUUCCUUAUAAUAUCAAUGAAGUUAAACAAAAACUUCAUUGCUGGAAGAACUUUUGAAAUAUUUUGCAACAGUCCGCGACAAUUUAAGACACUUCUGUUCACUUUGAAAGUCACAGCUGAACUGUGACAUUUACAUUUGUACGUUUACAUACAAAUUCUCUACCCGGAUUAAGGCUGAUAACUGACCAAUCACAUGAAAUAAAUAUAUAUUUAGUAUAGUCAGAUUUAUUCGGGUUCCUCAAUUAUUAGAGUUAACCCGGGUAGAUGAAACAAAAAAAAAAAAUACAAA